GUGCUCGUAGUUGCUGAGCUGUUGCCGGCUUCUGUGUGCGGCCCGUGUAGUGGGUGACCCGGCUGCUGUCCUCAGGAGAGAGGCUGAGAGACCGGCAUUGUGACAUGGGGGGCAGCGGGAGCACCAGGAGGGUCUCGUUCGAGGCUGACGAAAAUGAUAACAUCACUGUGGUGAAGGGGAUCCGGUUGUCUGACAAUGUUAUUAACCGUAUGAGAGAGCCAACAUCUGUUACUAGGCCGCAAACCCCACCGCCGUCUGCACCUCCACAGGCAAAAUUCCCAGCUGAACAACCAGUUACUGCUGGUUAUACAGUUAAUGAAGAAGAGCUCAGGAGAAAAAUUGCUGAAGAACUAGCUCUAGAACAAGCAAGAAGAGAGUCUGCGAAUCAAAAAAGAUUAGAUCAUGGAAUACUGAUGCAAGAGGAAAUUGGCAAAGUCUUGGAACGGGAAAGAAAUUCUUCAACUGAACAACUGACCAGAGCAGUCCUGCGUGAGAAAGCUGCUACUGAGGAUGAAAGACUUAAAGCUAAGACCUUUGAGUUAAAUGCACAAGCAAGGAAACUGGAGGAAAAGGAGCGUGAUCUUAAGAGGCAGGAUGAAUAUUACAAGGAGCAGCUGGCAAGACUGGAGGAGAGGAGUGCACAAUUUUAUAAAGUUACCACUGAUCAAUACCAGGAAGCUGCAAACACUGUGGAGGCUCGAUUCAAGAGAUAUGAAUCCCAUCCAGUAUGUGCUGACCUGCAAGCUCAAAUUCUCCAGUGCUAUCAGCAGAAUCCCCAGCAGACGCUGAGCUGCUCUGUAUUGGCUAGCCAGUACAUGCAGUGUGUCAACAAUGCCAAACAGAGCAUGCUUGGAAGAGGCGGUUAGGAUCCCUGUGUCCUACAUGUCCACUCACUGUGCAGUUACAGGGAGAAGAGCAUCUGAACUACUUUUAACGUGAGGCCACAAAGAUGAUCACAGAUGAAGACAGAAAUGACAUUAAAAACAAUAAUGAAUUCAAGAUGCCACUGGAUUCUUAUUGGAACACACUUCCAUCCUUACAACAAAGUCCUUAGAUUUCCAAACUGAUGUUCUGUGCAUGCAUUUAUUAUACACAGAUAUUCAUGUUUUCUGUAAACACCUUACCCCUAUUCUACAUACUAUAAAAAAAAAAAAUUGCAUUUAGAAAAUUAAAAUCUGUUAAUUUGCCUCUGUUGAUGAUGUCUCUUGUUUUGAAUUUUUGCAGACACUCUGUUAUAACCUAUUGUACUGGACAGUUUGAUAUCAGUACCUGAGUUCUGAACUCUAUUUUAUGCCUGAGUUCCUAAUAAAUAUAUAUUUUCUGAUUUGA